AUGUCAUCUCAGAAAAGAAUCUUGGGCAGUCCCCUAGCCAACAAGCGACGUGCAGCCUCAAAUCCGGGUGCCUUCGAGAAAUUAGUCAAAGAAACAGUCUAUGCUGCGAUGGCCAUCCCGGACGGAGACGGAGAGAUUGCCGUGCCAAAAUCGAUCAGAAAAAAGGCGAAUAACCACGAGGAGCGUUGGAACGAUGCUUGGAAUGGUACGACCACCGAUUCUCUUAGGCAGUGGUCUGUGAGCAUCAGGUCGUCGACGCACAUCUGUGGUCGAAUCGACACUAGCGACACGUAG